CAUCGAACCAACAACUGCAUAAUUAUUUGGAUGUUUUGCAGGAUGGAAACCUUCUUGUUAGUAUUGCUAGCAAUGUUGACAACAAUUAUUGCUCAAAAAGACUGCUUGUCAACAUCACCAUAGUUCACAGCGCCACUGCUCAAGGCGCAGUGUGCCUCGACGGAAGCCCGCCAGCAUAUCAUCUUGAUAGAGGACAUGGUAGCGGACUUCGCAGCUGGAUUAUCGAAUUGGAACCAGGCGGUUGGUGCAGCAGUAUCCCAGAUUGCCUUGAUCGUUCAGCUAAGUUCUUAGGUUCUUCCCUGCAUAUGGAUAAUGUAUCUCGGUUUGCUGGGAUACUUUAUAAUAGUUCCAAAGAUAAUCCAGAGUUUUACAACUGGAACAGGGUGAAGGUGAAUUAUUGUGAUGGUUCAUCCUUCACUAGUGAUGUUGAACAAGUUGACCCUGGCAACAAGCUGUAUUUUAGAGGGGCAAGAAUAUAUAAAGCUAUCAUAGAAGAUUUAUGGAGCAAAGGCCUUCAAAAUGCUGAAAAUGCACUUCUGAGCGGCGUUUCAGCAGGAGGGUUGGCUACAAUCCUAAACUGCGACAAGUUCAGGGCCCUCUUGCCGAAGUAUGUUAGAGUUAAGUGUGUCGCAGAUGCAGGCUUCUUCAUUAACGGGAAGACUAUUUCUGGUACAUCAGAUAUUCAUGAGAUGUAUCAGAGAGUUGUUACAUUACAUGGAUCCGCUAAGAAUUUGCCACCAUCUUGCACGUCGGCAAUGGAACCAAGUCUGAUUAACAAUACUUUGGUUCCUGAAUACCUCGAUCCUCAACAUGUUUGGGACGAUUGCAAGAAACAUACAAGUAACUGCACAUUUGGCCAGCGUUCAAUUAUUCAAGUUUUUGCAGUGGAGUUCUUAAAGGCAUUCUUGGGGCUCACCCCUUCUUUCACGAGGGGUUAUUUCAUCACGUCUUGCUAUUCUCACGGUGUAAUUCAUUUGACACAUUUAUGGUAUAGUCCUACCUCUCCAAGAUUACUUCUUAAGGCAAUUGCUGAAGCUGUUGCGGAUUGGUACUUUGAUAGAGCAGGGUUCCAAUCCAUAGACCCAUACCCUUGCGCUAGAGAUUGCUAGCUUAAAUUGAGUUAGCGAGCUUCUGUAACGAAUAGGCUUGCAGAUGUUGUACCGGCCGCCUAUUUGGUGAUACAUAGCUGACGGUUGGAGUAAAGAAAAUUUGUAUGUUUUACAGUUAAGUCCUAGUAUUGGAUUUUUAUUAUUCUAAUUGCUUAGCUUAAUUUAAGUUUUAAUGUACUUCAAUUUAGUCUAGUCGAGUAAGUUAGAGAUUGUGGAAUCCAAUGUUGUCUUUUCUGCUACUGUGAAUGAAAUAUUCUUAUCCUCCUCUCUCAA